AUGCAGCUCCUGUCGAUUCUCUUCUUCCUUCUGCUCACCUUAUCGCAAUUUGGAGCCGACGAAUUACCGGGUACAUGCGCCGUCGCCGGGGAAUGCGACGCGAAUGGCGACAUCGCAGCGGAAGCAGCAGCGACAGCAGGAAAGGACGUGAACGGUUCAAAUGUGGACGGCUUAUCCGGUGAAGACGUGGAGGCUCGCGUGGAUCCGUACGCAUUAUUGGCAGACGGACAUGCCAAGCUCAAGGCGAGGAACUAUGAGGAGGCGAUCGACUUGUACGAUAAGCUGGACGCGGUUCUCUCGCGCCUCUACGGCUCCAUGCUGCACAGCAGGGGCGUUGCUCGCUCCAUGCUGAAGCAGCACCAGCAGGCGGCUCUGGACUUGAAGCAGGCAGUGGAGAAGCAGCCGCACAAGGCAAAUUACUGGGUGGAGCUGGGGCAGGAGUACACGCUUCUGAACGACUAUGCCAACGCGCACAAUGCGUUUGUCAGGGCAAUGGAGCUCGACCCUCACAACGACAAGGCUCGGCGGUUCCGAGGCAUGAGUGCGUUUGAGAUAGAGCACUACGCAGCAGCCCUCGAGGACCUCAUCCCGGCGCUCACCCGUGACCCCACCAACACCCAGCUGCUAACGCAGGUGGCGCACUCGCUGCUGCGCCUCAACCGCUACCGCGAGUCACAGCCGUUCUGGGAGGCAGCUGUACAGGCGGACCCAGGGGAGGCACGCCCGGGGGAGGCACACCCAGGGGAGGCACACCCAGGGGAGGCACACCCGGGGGAGGCACAUGCAGAGAAGGCACACGCAGUGGAGGGCGAGGCGUGGGUGCAGAAGGGCAUCACACACCGCAUCCUGGGGAGGGGGAUAAGGCCAUGGACUCGCUGCUCAUGGCGCUCUCUGUGCAAGAGUAGGAACAUUGGUGCAUACCGCAACCUGGUAGCCACGAGGCGAUAUCAAGGGGAUCACUGGGGUGCCAUCGAGUGGUGCAACAAGGGGCUGGCGUUCCGUCCAGAGGAUGAGGAGCUGCUGUACGUGCGCGCCUCCAUGCACCAUGCCCUGGGCGACCAUGCUGUAGCCCUCUCCUUCUACGACCAUCUCCUCUCAACGGCAACAGAGCAGCACAUGACGUUCAACCAGGCAGUUGCCUUCUACCAGAGGGAGGUGCUGCUGUACACGGUGGCUCGCCUCGACCAGCCAUUCUCAGCCUUCCAGAUAGAUGAUGACAUGGACGUCGACUUCAAGGUGGCGUGGUUGAACAGGAGGGUGCCUCCAGGCCUGCCCAACUACCAGAAACUCUCUGUCCCCGCCAGCCAAUUGGAGGGUGCCACGUGGCAGUUACUGCCACAGCUGUCAGAGGAGGCGUUGGCUGUGAUCGCAGCAGCGGAUGAGAUUGGCUGGCGGGCGCACUACGAUACCGAUGGUGUGAUGCCAAACAAGCAGCAGCUGCGCAUGGCAGGGCUGGCAGCUCUAGACGUGAUGCAGCGCGUGCGCGCCACAUGGGAGGCCAUAGCAGAUGAGGGCCGCCUGCCCAGCAUCACGAACGACGAAGACGAGGAGGAGGAGGGGGAAGGGCGAGAGGGAGAGGGAGACAAGGAUGGCGAGGGGCUCACAUCGCCCCCUCGGAUGCCGUGGAGUCGUUUUUCAGGCAGCGGUGGGAGCAGCGGGAGUGGAGAGAGCGAGUCAGUGCAGCUGGUGGGCAGUUGGAGGCAGCUGUUCCAAGUCAUGGUGCCGUGGCGCCAGCUCUCUGACCCCACCGAGCCGCCGCUCUGGAAGGCCAUGUUCAAGAACCAGCGCUUUCAGGGAACCUUUCAUUCGCACACUCCCAUCCACACGUGGAAGCAGUUCAGUGCCAAAUACAAUGCUAUUUAUGACAGGGCAGUGGAGGUGACACGGCGGGGGCUGCUGGAGGGGCAGGAGAUACUGGAUGAGGAUGGCAAUGUCAUUCCUGUCCCCCGCGACACUUAUGGACCCAAGAUAGAAGCAGCAAAGGGCCAUGCGGGGCUGUAUGAUGCAAUCGGUCGGGACUUCUACUCGCGCCUGCCCUUGCACAGCAUGGCCAAACCUGGGACUAUCCUGCACGGAACAGAGUUCAAGCUGGAAAAGAAGGCGCUGUCAGUUGACUUCCAGACGUGGACCAAGAACUCUGCCACGCAGUGGGGCCAGCUGGAUGACGAGCUCACUGCCGCUUGGGAGAGCCUGUCAGCGGCAGUGCUGGAUCUGCCCACGCGGGCAACAGACAGCAGCCUGUACCAGCAGCGCAUCAGAGAGGGCAUUCUGCGCAUCAGCUACUACUGGUUCCAGCUCAUGCCGCUGUCCCGCGGGUCCGCCAUGGUGGGGCUGGUCUCCAUCCUCGGCCUCUCCAUGGCUGCUGACAUGCAAACCACAACGCGCAUCCCAAGGGAUGUCCUGGUUGACUGGGAAGGGCUGUUUGCAACUCGCUUCCAAGACUUUUACGAUGCGGUUGCUCCGUGGCUCUAUUCUUCUGUUAAGCGGUCGCCUUGGCACCUCCCUAUUUUGCGAGAGGUGCUGCCAACCACACGCCACGUACUGGCUGCUCUGAGCUACAAAUGA